AUGUCGGACAAUACGAACAAUCCUCGUGCAAACCAACCAAACCAACAAAACCAACAAAACCAAUCAAACCAAUCAGACCAACCAAACCAACCAAGACAACCUAACUAUCCUCCUUCGUUAACAGAUGCUCAAAAAAAAGCAGUAGAACAACCAAGAAAUGAAAAGGGUCAAUUUGAUAAAAAAGGCACUUCUAUCAAUCACUAUGAACGCUACCCAUACCAACCAUGGCAGGAGAUA